AUGGCUGAGUACGAUCUCCCCUACGACUACCUUGACAUUGUUGGGCCCAUUUAUCCAGCAACUUCUACUAGCGGAGGUUCACUCAUGCGUGCAGAGAACGAGGUUGUACGCAACAUCGUCGGAAAUUGGUAUACAGACAACCAGGUGUACUUAGUGAAACAGCACGUUCAUUCAUCACGUUCGCGUUCGGCUGGGAGCUUGAUUCCUUCUCGUAGAUCAUCUGCCAUCUCGCUAGUGGAGAAAGUUAGUCAGAGUCGAAGUCAGAGCCAAUCAGACACUGCUGCUCCGGAACGUUACGAUGUCACCCUCAGAUUCCCAAAAAUGUACGAUACAGGAAGUGUUUUUCGAGUGAAAUGCUGCAGGAAGGUAGUGACUUUGGUCAACUUCCUCUUGAAUUUGCUGGAAAGAAUGGAAAGAGUUGAUGCGCAACACCAUCUAACCGAUGAGCAAAGUCUGAACGAAUUUGUGAAGAAACUGAUCUUGGUGAGUGCAUUCGAACGUCGGGGUUGGAAUAGUUGAAG